CCAAGUCCGGGUCCCGGAGCUCAGGGUCUUGGCCGUGCAAUCAUGGAUCUGGGCCUCUCCGGCCGCUGGGCGAUGGUCACCGGCGCGGGCAAAGGCAUCGGGCGCAGCACUGUUCAGGCACUGCACGCGGCGGGUGCCCGCGUGGUGGCGGUGAGCCGAACGCAAGCGGACCUGGACAGCCUUGUCCGCGAGUGUCCUGGGGUAGAGCCCGUGUGUGUGGACCUGGCAGACUGGGAAGCCACAGAGCAAGCACUGCACAGCGUGGGGCCCGUGGACCUGCUGGUGAACAAUGCUGCUGUGGCACUCUUGCAGCCCUUCCUGGAGAUCACCAAGGAGGCUUGUGACAUGUCCUUUGAUGUGAACCUGCGGGCUGUCAUCCAAGUGUCCCAGAUUGUGGCCAGGGGCAUGAUAGCCCGGGGAGCCCCAGGGGCCAUUGUGAACGUGUCCAGCCAGGCUUCCCAGCGUGCUCUGACCAACCACAGUGUCUACUGUUCCACCAAGGGUGCCCUGGACAUGCUGACCAAGACAAUGGCCCUAGAACUUGGACCCCACAAGAUCCGUGUGAAUGCAGUAAACCCUACGGUGGUCAUGACACCCAUGGGCCAGGCCAACUGGAGUGACCCCCACAAGGCUAAGGUUUUGCUGGACCGCAUCCCACUUGGCAAGUUUGCUGAAGUGGAGAACGUGGUGGACGCCAUCCUUUUCCUGCUGAGUGACCGAAGUGGCAUGACCACAGGCUCCACUAUGCCAGUGGAUGGGGGCUUCCUGGCCACCUGAGCCCCCUCUACCCAUAUACACCUCAGCCCCGUGCUUAGGCUGUCCCCCCAUCCCCAUCCCUCCAAUAAACCUGACGCUUCCCAGCUGUCGUGCUGAUUCUCAGGUAAACAGAGAUCCAUUAGCUCCACGAUACAGGUCAGAUGGUAGCCUGGCUCCCAUACCUGAGACUUUCAGGCCUGGCUAGCUCCCUGGCUAGAUAGGACCUUCCAGAAAGAAGGCUGGCUCCUUAAAAAGGAUGGUGAAUUUGACCCAGGAUAGCUGUUGGCCUGUCUGGAGACCUUAAGGUGGAGCAGUGGAUUAUAAGUGUGGAUUUUGACAUGAAUGUUGAUCUUCCUUGCAGUUGAUAAGUAAGACAUGUGAAACAAGGUAGAAGUGUGUCAAACUUUACUCACUUGCCAGUGACCUGAACAACUUCUCUGUUGAAUUAGA